AUGUCCGAUCCUGGCAUUGACUACUCUAGCGAUGAGCUCCCGGACCUACAGCUGCUCCUCGAGCAGAGCUUAGUAAUGAAAGGGAGGGAAAUUACGCCGAACCAGAGCCUCCCGCCGGCCACCCUGUUUGAUCCAGCGACUCCACCCCGGGAGACGACGAAGAAGAAGUCUCAGUCGAAGGUUCCAAAGAUUGCGACGGCAGGGACUCCAGAUACAUCCCGACGACUUCCAAAAGAAGCCACCGCUGCCACGGCUAAAAAGCAAAUUAGAAAAGCUACUACCACGACAGCGGUGGCUGGGAGACAGAAGGAGAAGAAGUGGGAUGGCGGGCAUGUAGAAGCGGUGACAUCCACCACGCCGGCGGCAGAAGGUGAUUCGGACUACGCAUCUGCGGUUGAGGAGGUGACUGUAGCAGAACCUACACCAGCGCCCAGGCGACGACGCCUGAUACAGAAAAAAUAUCUACCCAGCAGCGACGACGAUAGCGAUGAAGAAAGGAAGGAAUUAGAGAAGCUACGACGGAGCUUUGUAGACCUCACAGGCUCCGAUUCAGAAGAUGCGCCCUCCCAACCUCCACGUAGUCGGUCUCCGGCGUCUCAAGCACCUCAGGCAGCUACAGUACCUCAAACGAUUUCCUCUGAGGAUGACCUUGAGAGCUUCACACUACGGUACUCACCGCCGCGCUCUACAAAACCGCGGAAGAUAAUACCACCAACGGCCCUAAAAGUAAAGGAAGCACCGACCCCACUCCGCAAGCUCAAUUCCCCCACCAAGCUCUUACCAAAGAUGCCACCUUCGCAGCACCGCAAAAGUAGCGAUGCAUUCUGGGAUCAGGAGGUCGCCGACAGCUGGGUUGAUACUCAUACGCCGUAUAAAGUUCGCGCUAGGCCACCAAGCAGCCUCGGCCAUAAUGAUGUAGAUAUAAUCGCCGAGAAAGGCGGAGAUGACGACGAGGAUGACGACGACGAUGAUGAUGAUGAUAUUGUAGAGGUUGAAGAUGAUAAUUGCCAUGAAGAAGAAAGCGACGAAGAACGGGCCCCGUCACCCACAAAGCGCAUGCCCGCGGCAAAGCCGAAGCCUAAAGAGAAGAAUACAGAGUCAAAACGGGCCUUCAAUGCCCGCAAAAAGCAGCUCGCGGAAGACUUCUUUAAGACUAUUGAUGAGAAAGUUGGCAAGGGCGAGAUAUCACAAAAGACUGCCGCUACAGGCGGCGUUAAGAUAGUAUGGAGCAAGACGCUCCGUACCACCGCUGGGACUGCAAAAUGGCGGGCCGAGAAGCUGCAAAAUAUCUCCGCCAGCGCGGCGAUGGAGCAUCCACUGUCCACUGCACGGGUGCGACACCAUGCUACUAUCGAGCUGGCCGAGAAGGUCGUUGAUAGCCAAGAAAAAUUGUACAACACAAUGUGCCAUGAGUACUGCCAUAUGGCAAACUACAUGAUCAGCAAUGUCACCAAGCCUGCCCACGGCGCUGGGUUCAAGCGCUGGGCUGCAAAGGCCACACGCGAGUUUGCGCAUCUCGGUGUCCAUGUCACAACCAAGCAUAGUUAUGAGAUUGACGCAAAGUUCAAAUGGACCUGUCAGACGCCUAAUUGCGGGCAGGUCUACAAGCGACACUCAAAGUCCAUUGAUAUCACACGCUCUAGAUGCGGCGCCUGCAAGACAGGAUUGUUAUUGCAGACGCACCCGCCGCUGCGAGAGAAAAGGCCUAUUACUGGGUAUCAAGCGUUCAUGAAAGAGAAUUUUGGGCGGAUUAAGGCACAAAACCCGGGGGUGCCACAGAAGGAUGUCAUGAGGAUUGUGGCGCAGGCAUAUAGAGAGGCUAAGGAGGCAGGAGCGGUAGAGGCGGUUGGAGAGAAUGAGGGAGAUUUAGAGGUCAUGCUAGGCGAACUCAAGGUUUGA